AAAUGUCCGGAUUUCCAGUCCUUCCUCGCCGACCUGCACAAAGAAUAUUCACAGCCGAUUGCUUCCUCAACGCCCAACGAUGAGUCGUCCCAAGGACUCUCGUUCAGGUCUAGCCAUGUCCUUCUUGGAUUCCGCGGAUGCUGCAGGAGGAUCGCACGCAGGUGGCUCCUCCUCUAGGAACGGCAGCCAUCGCUCCUCCGACGCCUCCCGCAACCCUCACGCCUCAUCCUCUUCCUCCCUCUCUCGUCCACCUCGAGCGUUUGGCAACGCGUUCGGCGACGACGAAGACGACGAGCAUGCGGAACAUCACAACGACCGCUCAAGUCGGAGGAACGGCCAUGGCGGUCGAAGGGAAGAGCUCACGGGCUACUCGCGCUCAGGAGCCGAAAAAGCCAGACGAUCACCUUCUCCCCAAGGCCCCCGCGUGAUCCCGCUGGUGGGUGGCUCAGAUUGGCGAGGUGACCGCAAGAGGCGUCUUGGAUUGGAGAACCUACAAGACUUUGGCUCACUCACAUCUAUGCGAGCUGGAGGUGCACAGGAGGGCAAGGCGGUGCCCCCGCCGAGGGACAGUGAGCUCCAUCGCUCUGCCGGGGCCGGGGAGGGUGUGGAGAAGAUCGGCGAUGAGAAGCAGAAGGUCGGUCUGCAAGUGCGGGGCAAGUCACGCAGGGAGGAGGAAGAGGAGGAAGAGAUGAGGAGGCUCCAAGAGAGCGCUACUGCUGAAGACAAGACGCCUCCUCUGGACAAGGCCGCUCCUUCCCCUCCUCCUUCGGCCAAGAUGACUGAAGACGAGCAGGCCCGUCGUGCUCUUCUCUCUGGGCAAGGCUCUACUCUACCAUCUCUCAACGCCGACCGUACCAUUGCUCUCCGCGAGUCAUCCUCUGCUCCCAUUUCAGAAGAGCAGGCUUUCAAGUACGACGCCGAUUCUCGCCCUGAUGCACCCAGUCUGGACGAUUAUGCCGCCACUCCCGUCGAGGAAUUUGGUAAAGCCUUGCUAAGGGGAAUGGGCUGGCGCGAAGGGAUGGGAGCGGGUAAAGGAGGCGUGGGACCUAAUGCUCCACCCGAGGUCAAGAAGAGGAGCGCACUUCUGGGAUUGGGAGCAAAGGAGAGACCUGCUGCUACUGCUGCUGCUGCAAGUAGCGCGACAGGAGGAGCAGGAGUGAAGAGGGACUUUAAAGUCAAGCGACCAGAUACGAGAGAGUACAAGCCUCUUGUUCGAAGAGAAGCAGUGCCAGUGCAGGAGGAAGGGAGAGAACACAGCAGGUCUGCCGUGAGCAGUAGUAGGAGAGAAGGGGAGAACCGAGGUAGCAAGAGGUCUCACAGUCCCGGGGAGCGAUCGCGGAGACGGGAGGGGGACGAUUAUGAUGUGGAUCGCAGGAGAGACACGGGGAGGGAGUAUCGGCACGAGGAUAGGGACAGGCUCAGGGAUAAACACCGGGACAGAGACAGGGACGGAGAUAGCUCGAGAAGGGAACACUACGACUCCCGGCGCCAUCGCGAUCGUGACCGAGACCGGAGGGAGGAUCGGGGUAGCCGAGAUGAGGAACGGAGGAGGGAACGGUAUCGCGAACGCAGUCCCAGAUGAUUUACUUUCGAAGGUUGUACAGCUUCAAUCGCAUGAAUGCUUAUAUACCACCCUCGAACUACGGUACUGUACAUGUUC